AUGUCUUUAUCUUCAGAGACCACCUCACCUGCUCCUUACAUUACGGUUCGAUACGUCAAGCCUUUACCUUCAUCUCUUUGUUCGGGAUCUUUCUCUCAACAAGACAACCAACAAGUGAUUGAGGCCAAAUUUCCUCUUAUUGAAAUCAAGCCUCAUAGAAUUCCUUCAUCUUUUAAAAGCUCCGAACGGAAUCAGCUCACUCUCUGCAACCAAAUCGAGCCAGAACCAACGAAUGUAUCAGAUUCUAUCGAAGGAAAUAAUGCAACCAAUAUUGGUUUGAUGCUGUGA